UAAGUUUAUUACCUUCUUUAGUUCUAUUCCUUAUCUAUUUAUUGCAUUAAAGUUUGCCAUAAUUGAGUUUCUAAUCAAUCCAGGUUCACUUUUUGAGCUACCUGAAUGGUCUUUCUCAUGACGAUUUUCUUUCCGCUUUGGAGAAUCUUCACUGUUAUUUUGAUUACAGGGACUGAAGGAUUUGAUUUUGUUCCUUCAGUUGCUGGCAAUGGCUUUGGAAGAUAUGAAAUCGGUUUAUUAUGUUUGGGGAUGAUGCAGUUUCACUUUGGGCAUCCAAAGAUGGCGUUAGAGGUUUUGACGGAGGCAGUUCGUGUUUCUCAGCAGCAAAGUAAUGAUACCUGUCUUGCAUAUACUUUAGCAGCUAUUUCAAACUUGUUGUUUGAAAAUGGUAUCUCAAGUACUGCUGGAUCAUCAUACUCACCUUUUACAAGUAUAGGUGUUUCACUCUCUGUUCAACAGCAAUUGUUUGUUCUCUUGAGAGGUUCUUUAAAGAGAACAAAAAGUUUAAAGUUAAAGCGGUUAGUGGCUUCCAAUCAUCUGGCAAUGGCCAAAUUUGAUCUCACGGUAAUGAAAUUUUCUACCUAAUUCAA